GUUCAGACAGUCAGUAGCAAGACACCAUGGAGGUCACAGCUCUCGCUCUCUUUAUACGUGUAUCGUUGCUGCUGGUGAUGCAAGUUCAGGACAGUUAUUCUGCUCAGAAAGCAUGUGCAGGAUGUCCUGAUGUAAUUCCAAACAGACUUCAGCACUUUGAAUACCAGUCCAUCUCUUUCAACUGUGAGGUGUUGGAUGGGUCGCUGGCAUGGGCAGUGAAGAGAAAGAGCUCAAGUGGAAAUAUCACAUGUGGUACAAACUGGGGAGUUCCAGAAGGGUCCGGAUGCCGCAUCAGAGAUGUUUACGUCGAGGACAGUGGAGAAUACUGGUGUGAGACUAAAGAUGGAAAGACGAGCAAAUCUGUCAACAUCGCUGUUACCGCUGGUUCUGUGAUCUUGGACAUUCCUGUUGCUCCAGUGACGGAGGGAGAAGCUGUGACUCUGAGUUGCAGAAACAAAACACCUUCCAACAUCUCAGCUUCCGUCUAUAAAAAUGGCAUCCUCAUGAAGAACGUCACUACAGGAAACUUGAUCAUCAACAGUGUUUCCAAGUGUGAUGAAGGACUGUAUAAGUGCAUCUCUAGAGCUGGAGAAUCACCGGAGAGCUGGCUGAGUGUCAAAGAAUUUCACCAAGAGCCUAUCCCUCUCUGUUCCGAUCAACUUCCUGUUCUCCUCUACUUCCUCAUGAGGACUGUUGGCACAGUUGUAUGGGUGGCUAUGCUGCUGCUGGUCUUAAGAAAACGUCACAAAGACAGAUGACUAAUCUGCACAGAAGAAAAGCUGAACAAACCAAAUAAUGAGCAACAAGCUGUGGUUGGCCUGCAUAGUCUGUUACGUCUGCUCCAUUUUAACCAUGCUUUGUU